UCAACUGUAGUGGACCACAGACAGAGAGGUACCAGUGGAGAUGCAUAUCAAAGCAACUACUCAACUACUAGUAAUCAUACAGUAGAUAUUACCGUUAGGAGUCAGUUAGAAGGGUAAUCAUAAGUAAGUUAAUACUAUAUGUAAAUGCUACAAUAAUUUAUAUUACAAUAAGAGGUCAGACAGACUGAAUUUGAAGUUGAUUCAUUGAUUGAUUUGGGUAAUCAUUGAUAUUCGGUACGGUUAGUUAAGAUGGCAAACUACGUCAACGAACAGGUGAUUGAAUUAAAUGAAGUUACUGAAGAAAACAGGAACAAAGCAACGAGGAGCGUGAAGAGUGAGACCCAACUCUCAGAUGGAAGAACAAGACUCUACAGGAUGGCUGCUGUGUGUUUAGGAGUGCUGUGUGUUCUACAAGUCAUUCUCAACAUCUCCCUGAGACUGGCUUUCUCUGACUAUAACGAAAAGAGGAACCAGUUAGAGAACUGUUACAACACCACUGGUCUGGUGCAAGACAGAAACCAGCCAGAUACCAGUAGUGGUAUCAUUGACCUGUGUACAGACAGAGACCAGCUGCAGAAGGAGAGAGACCAGUGUCAGACGAACAUGAACCAGCUAGAGAGGGAGAGAGACCAGUUACUGAGGGAGAGAAACCAGUUGCUGAGGGGCAGAGACCAGUCAGUUAGCAGUAGUGGUAUCAUUGACCUGUGUACAGACAGAGACCAGUUGCAGGAGGAGAUAGACCAGUGUAAAAAUAACAUGAACCAGCUAGAGAUGGAGAGAACCCAGUUAUUGAGGAACAGAGACCAGGCACAGAAUACAGAUAGCAAAAACCAGUUACAGGAGCGUUAUAAUGCCCUGACUAGAGACAGGGACAUUUUGAGAAAC